AUGAAUCCAAUUCAGGAAAACCUCGAAACCGAUCUGCCGCCAUCGGAGGAAGAUUCGCUUAUUGAACUUUCAUGUGACACAUCGUUGAAGCUGAAGUUCGCGCAAGGCCAUCUUGCCGAUUUUUGGAUCGGAGUGCGGUCCGAACAUCCUGCCUUGUCAGAGAGAGCCCUGAAGCUGCUGCUCCCUUUUCCGACAACUUAUCUGUGUGAAGUUGCCUUCUCCGCACUCGUGCACAUCAAGUCCAAGUCGCGGAACAGAAUCGAGGUCGAGCCGGACUUACGACUCCGCCUGUCUUCGAUCGAACCUGACAUCAGUGCACUUGUAGCAUCCAGCAAGUAG